AUGUGGACUCUUUCAGCUUUUUCAGACGAAGCCGGUGCUUCGUGCGACGAACAAAUUAGUGCAGCGAAACGUGCCGGUCUUUCACGCAUUGACAUUCGUAGUAUUGAUGGCUUUAAUAUUACGACAAUGCCUCUUGAAAAUGCAAAGACCAUUAGAAAUAAAUUGGAUGAUGCCGGAAUUUCCGUACAAAUGUUCGGUUCGCCGAUCGGAAAAAUCGAUGUUCUGGAUGAUGUAGAAAUUGAUAUUGAUAAAUUGCGGCAUCUAGCAGCCCUGGCACCGAUAUUCAAUUGUAAUUCAGUUCGCAUUUUCUCUUACUAUAACAAAACGAAAAUCUCACAUGUCGAGUGGUGCAAUAAGUCACUAUCAAACCUUACACGUUUACGUGAUGAAGCUGAAAAACUUGGCCUAGUACUUUAUCACGAGAACGAACGCUAUAUUCACGGUGAUCGGGUAGCGGACGUGAAAGAGAUUGCAAAUCUUCGCAGCGCAAACUUCAAAACGAUUUUCGACUUUGACAACUACCAACAGAGCGGUGAAGAUGUUUAUAAAGUCUGGCAAAGUCUGGCGGAUCAAACUGAUAGCUUCCACCUGAAAGAUUCGACCUCCGAGAAUAUGCAUGUUCCUGUUGGACUCGGAAACGGACAGGUCGAGAAGAUUUUACGCGACGCCGUUGCUCAAAACUGGAAGGGUCCAGUCGCUGUUGAACCACAUCUGUCUCACUCCGAGGCUGUCGUUCUGACAGGUCCAAGCGGUAUUGUGAACGAAAGUUACGCCAAUAUGCCUUCCGCUGAGAGUUUCUAUCUCGCAGUUGAAACGGCGAAGAGACUUCUGAAUAAAAUUGGAGUUAAAUGGAACUAA